AUGUGGAAGAGAAAAAUUGAAGAGAAAACAGAUUUAAAUUUUAUGAUUCAAAAUAAGAAAGCUUUUAGAAAUCCGAGCAUUUACGAGAAACUUAUUCUUCAUCUCAACAUUGACGAAUUAGGCACAAACUUCCCUCCUGAGUUAUAUGACGGUCAUCUGUUUGGAAAAGAAUCCUACUACGACGAACUGUCUAAGAGUCAGAGAGCUGAAAUGGACAAGAGAGAAAAGGCUGCCGAAGCGAAGAAGAAAAUGGGAGAUGCCAAAAUAAAAGAUGCUUUGAAUACACUACAGCAGAGAAAAUCUAAAUGGGAUCAAGCUUCGAGUGGACCUGGAGUAGGAGUAAACCCUGCCCUAGCUAAAGUUAUCCCAGCCUUCGGAAGUUUAAAGAAGAAAUAG